AUGCUCGCCUCUACAAGUCCCUCUUCGGUCAAUUAUCUUCCACAACAACAACAACAUUAUCAUCACCGUCAACAACAACAACAACAACACAUGAACGCUAUGAUGGAUCAAGAACAACAUCUCCUUUUACCUUCCUUGAAGAAAGAUGGUGGCAAUUUUGAUCAAUUAGUACCAUCUUGGUCUUCAUCUUUGACCUCUUCUGCAUUCUCUACCUGUAUAAAUCAAAAUCUCCCACAAAGAACCCUAUUAGAACCCAGUUUGUCCUCUGAAGUUUUGCAAUCACAUGCUCCACAUGCAUUCUCUCCUAAUUGUUUUGAAAUUUUCAAGUUGUCUCUCAACUCGGCCCCAUCAUUUAGUACUACAAAUGCAACAUCUUCCUCGACUACUGAACAACAACCAGCAGCAAUGAAGAGUUUUGCUCCAUCUACCUCUUCAAGUAGAAAUUCGCCAGAAAUCAAAGUGGCUACCUGCAUCAAACCAUUUUUGGAAGCACCUCAAGAGUAUUCUGUCAAGUCAAUACUGUGCGGGUCAUACUCAAAUGCUAAAUCCGCCCUGAUGACAAACCCAACAGCAACAACAACGACGACAUGUACUUCAUACAACAACGUGUCACCUCCUCCUCCAACAAUCUCCAACACAACUCCAAACUCUUAUCUUUCCUAUACAAAUCCAAUUAAUUAUUCUCCUCACAUUCCAACUAGAGUGACCCCUACUAGUAGCAGUUCAAUGAUUGUUUCAAAGUCUUCAGAAGCGAAUAAUCCUCAAAAUUGCCAAAUGGCCAUGUACAACAUGCCAUACACUUACUCAGCGGCUCAACGAGGACAAGCUCAAACCUUCUUUCAAAGAACACAGUCGCCUCCUUCUGAAUCGAGUAGUUUUGAAGAAGAUAGGGCAUUUCGAAUGAAAAGGCCGUUGUUUGUUCAAAGAUCUUCCAAUCCAUCCGUGUUUGAUGAAAAGAGUGGAAUGCUUCGACCAAAUUUGAGUAAGAUACAAAAAUCUUCAAACUAUUCGAAACGACGUUCAACUUCGCCCAAGUCAGACGAUGAAGACAAGAAGAAGUACAAUACAGGUACAUGGUCCAAGUAUGAGCAUGACAUGUUUUUGAAAGGUCUUGAUGAGGUUGGCAAGAAUUGGAAGAUUAUUUCUGAGAGCUAUGUGACGACAAGAAAAAGAACUCAAAUUGCUUCACAUGCUCAAAAAUACUUUUUGAAGAUGGCCCAAAUGAAGAAGGGCGAAACUGUUUCCCCAUACGAUUUGUAUUUAGAAUAA